AAAAAAACAAAUGCAAGAGAAGACAAUGGACGAUUUUUUCCUUGUGGUUUGUUUUGUAUCCUUCUUCAUUCUGGCUUUUGGCCUUGUAUCCAAUUUCGUGAAGGAAAAGUUGUUCCUCUCAGAACCUACGGUUUCUAUAAUUUUUGGUAUACUUAUAGGGCCAUAUGUCUUGAACGUACUAAAUACGAGCUAUGUUGAGUCAAAAAUCGUGAUGUACCACUUUGCUCGUGUUGUGCUGUGCAUACAGGUUAUGACAGCCGCGAUGUCACUGCCACAAGGAUACAUCCUAAAACAGGCUAAAUCCCUAUUUGUACUUGUUAUAGUUGUAUCUAUCGCCAAAUAUUUCAUUACAUUCAUCAUAGUGUACAGUUUUUCACACUACAACGCUGCAGUAUCACUUGCUAUAGCAGCCUGUCUGACGCCGACCGAUCCAAUCCUUUCAAGUUCGAUCGUAAAGAGCAAAUUUGCCGACGAAAAUGUACCGGAAAGACUGCGUACACUCCUUUCGGCCGAGAGUGGAAUCAACGAUGGCGUGGGCCUCUCGCUUCUAUUCUUCCCAUUGCACAUUUUUUAUAGUGAAAAUGUGUUGGUUGGUUUGAAAAAUUAUUUCUUGAACGUAAUUCUAUACCAAUGCAUGCUUCCAAUAGUCCUUGGAAUAUUCAUCGGCUACUUCUCUCGUCGAAUGCUGAAGUAUUGCUACGGCAACGACUUAGUCGGCAUAGAGUCGUUCCUUAUAUACGGCCUAGCGCUCACUUUUUUCUGUCUUGGACUAAUGGAAACGAUCAAAUCGAGCGAACUGAUCUGCAUAUUUUUUACAGGAGCACUGUUCUCCUGGGAUGAAUGGUUUGUCCUCGAAACACGAGAGUCUAGGCUGCAGGAGGUGACCGACUCGCUCUUUAGCACCUCGUUCUUUGUUUUCUUUGGGUCACGGAUAGACUUUACCCGAAUAACCGUGCCGGUGAUAGUCUCAUCUAUUUUAAUAAUUUGCCUGCGAAGAACAUUCCCGUGUUUGCUGCUUUUUAAGUUCAUACCGCAGAUAAGAACGAAAAGAGAAGCACUGUUCGUGGGAUGGUUUGGACCGAUCGGUGUCGCAGCAUUGUACUAUGCACUACUGAUAGAUAGGAUAUUAGACACAUUAACGAUAGAUUUUGUAUCUGUGGUCGUGCUUUUCAGUGUCAUUAUCCAUGGAUUGACCGUUCCGCUCUUCAAAUUGAGCUCAGUCAAGAAGGAGAGUAGGUUUUUGGGGCUUAUAGCACCUACUCGUGUCUAUGAUGCCACUAAUCCGCCACAAUACUAAAUAAAAAUGAUCAUGAA